AUGGCGAGAAUGCCUGGCAGCGCAGACUGCUCUAGCGACACGGCGGGGACAGAGCGGGAGGAGCACAUGAGCUGCCCAGAGACUGAGAGGAGCGGAGACGAGGCGGAAGAGGAUGAGAUCCAGGAGGUGCAGAUCACCGGCGAGGAGGAGGGGGAGUACGUGGAGGAUGUCGAGCUGGAGUGGGAGGCAGAAUGUGUGGACCCCGUCAGCUGCUCGGUUAUGGAGACAGAAGCGGUCCGUAUGCGCAGUACGGACCAGUGCAGCGGGUUGGGACCGGGAGCGGGGGCGGACCCCGGACUGUUCCACAUCACCGGACUGGACUCUGAUCCGGAGGGAGACCUGCAGCGGUCUGACCGCUCCAGACUGAGCGAGAACACUCGCCUGGCUACUAGGUACGCAGUCAGGAUCUUCCGGGAGUACCUGAGUGAGAAAGCCCAAAGUCCUGACUUUGAAACUCUGGACAAGGAAGCGCUGUGCGCGGUCCUGCGCUCCUUCUACGCGGAGGCGCGAUCGAAGAGCGGCCAGCUCUACAGCAAGUCCUCUCUCAUCAGCAUCCGGAGUUCUCUUAACCGCUACCUGAAUGAGCCGCCUUACUGUCGCACCCUGGACCUCACCAAGGACCCAGAACUGCGCAGCGCCAACUUGACCCUGGCCGCAGUCAUCAGAAAGCUGGAGGAGCAAGGUGCUGGUCCCGUUGUGCAAAAACAGGCUAUUACGCGGGCGGACCUGAGAAAACUCUACACCUCUAGUGUGUUUAACACCGAUACGCCGUUCGGGCUUCUCAACAAAGUGUGGUUCGAGACAUGCAUGUAUUUCUGUACGAGGGGGAGAGAGAAUCAGCGCGAGCUGGAGGAGGAUUCAUUCGGGCUAGCCAUAGACGAGGAUGGGAGAAAGUUUAUCUAUUUCAAAGCGCUGGGGCCGUAUCACAAGUCUCGCUCCGCGUCCUGGACUAAAAAAAGACCAGACACGGAUGAUGAUACUCUGCCGCGCAUGUAUGAGACGGCCACGGAGUUUUGUCCAUAUGCCAGUUUUGUUAAGUAUGUCUCGAAACGGAACCCGGUGUGCAAAGCGUUCUUCCAGCGCCCGCGAGACCACUGCUGCUUAAGCGACAUGACAUGGUACGAGAACAAAGCAAUCGGUAAAAACCUGCUAGGCACGAGGAUGCAGAUGCUGUCGCGUGCUGCCAAGCUUUCAAAGACCUACACCAACCACUGCAUCGGCGCCGUCUCCAUAGCAACGCUCAACAGCAUCGCCGGUAUCGGGUCAAAGUCAGUGUCCCUUCACGUUGCCUCGGAAACGGUCAAUGGUGGCGCAGAGUCUUAUCUCCAGCUCGUGAUCCCAUAUAGCCGACAGGUCACGGACGCAGUGGAACUGAAGCCGCAGAGAACGUCAAGGAAAUCUCGUUCUCACUGCCCCGGCGACGUCUCUGGCCCUCCAUCACCUAAGAAGAUCUGUGUGCGUUCCGUGGAACGCGGAGAGUCCCCGGUGGUCAUAGUGGACGGUACCGAGCCCGUGGACGCCCGAUCCCCGGAGCCCCACGGUCAGCCGCCCGCUCCUUUACCAGCUGGCGUGGUAGCAGCGCAGGUGCUUUAUUGGACAUUUGUGUAUCUUCUUCUUCUUCUCUCCCAGGAUAGCCGUAAUAGCAGCAUGGCCAGCCGGCCACUGGUCUCCCAGACCUCUGCCUCUCCGCUGGGCUCAGGGGGUAUAGGGGGCAUCCCCACCCCCGCACAGCUCACCAAAACCAACGCCCCUGUACACAUAGACGUAGGAGGUCACAUGUACACCAGCAGUCUGGCUACACUGACCAAGUACCCAGAGUCACGGAUUGGUCGUCUGUUCAACGGGACAGAGCCCAUAGUGUUGGACAGUCUGAAGCAGCACUACUUCAUAGACCGAGACGGUCACAUGUUCCGCUACAUCCUCAACUUCCUGCGGACGGCCAAACUGCUCGUUCCUGACGACUUCAAAGAGUACUCUCUACUCUAUGAGGAGGCCAGGUUCUUCCAGCUUUCUCCACUACAAGCAGAAUUAGAACGCUGGAGGAGUGAGCGUGAGGCCAGGAAGGUGUGGCGUGUGUGCGAGUGUGUGGUGGUGCGUGUAGCUCCAGAGCUGGGGGAGAGGAUCACUCUGAGUGGAGAAAGGGCUCUGAUCGAGGAGGUGUUUCCAGAGGUCGGGGACGUCAUGUGUAACUCCCUGAACGCAGGCUGGAAUCAUGACUCUACUCACGUCAUACGCUUCCCACUCAACGGAUACUGUCACCUCAACUCUGUACAGGUGUUGGAGAGGUUGCAACAGAGAGGAUUCGAGAUAGCAGGGGCGUGUGGCGGGGGAGUAGACUCCUCCCAGUUCAGCGAGUACGUCCUACGCAGGGAGGGAAGUAGCAACGGACAGCGUGACCACACCCUCAUCCGCAUCAAACAGGAAGCACUGGACUAA